AUGAUAUCAGAAAUCGAAAGAGGCUUCAACUAUACAUUGACACGAGACAAAUUGGCAAUGAAUCUUGGCUCCCCACCAAGAAAACCAAAGAAUGUAACACCAGGACCUCCACCUGCGACAGUGUCUCAAACAUCAACAACAACAACAACAACAGCAUACCCAGCAACUACGACAUACAAAUCGACAAACCCAGCUCUGACGCCAUUUCCUCCCUUCGAGUCUCCUGCCCCGACAAGAUAUGAACUAUCUGCAGAAAGCGACAAUCGCGUCGCGACACUCGAAGCCCAGGUCGCUAGUCUGACGCAGAAAGGCGUGGAAGCAGCCGAUCGUCUCGCCGAUUACGAAGAAGAAAUCCAAAACCUCAAAAUCGCACAAGCCCCUCGCAACGACUCUGCUCUUGACUUUAUCUCUGCGCAUCCGUUUCCUGCUCCUCCGGCAUCACUGAGCAGGAACUCGUCCAUCACUUCUGGGAAAUUCAGCUUUCUCACUCGCACCUCUUCGCUCACAAAUACCACAAAACCCCUUCCAAAGACACCGCCAAAGAACUCUCCCAUGGCUCCUGUCGCUGCAGCUCCGCCAUCGCCAGCCAUCUCGGAAGUACAAGCUGCCCUUGCCAAAGAGACUUCUCGUCGCAUCGCUGCGGAGAAAAGGUACAAGGAUCUGGAGACCGAGCUUGAGGAUCUAUCGGCGACGUUGUUCGAGCAAGCGAAUGAGAUGGUAGCCACAGAGAGGAAGGAAAAGGCAAAGCUGGAGGAAAGACUCAAGGUUCUGGAACAGAGGGACGUGGUGGGGCAGAAGAGACUCGAGAUGGUGGAGGCUGCGUUGACGAGGAUCGAGAGGGUCAAGAAGUUGUUGGAUGGAUGA